GUACACACGCAGUACACACACACACAGUACACACGCAGUACACACACACAGUACACACACAGUACAGACACACACACAGUACACACAGUACAGUGGGCACGGGGAAGACCUCUGUACUAGUGACUCAUGUACGCAGUACACACACAGUACACACACACAGUACACACUCACACACAGUACACACACAGUACACACAGUACAGUGGGCACGGGGAAGACCUCUGUACUAGUGACUCAUGUACGCAGUACACACGCAGUACACACACACAGUACACACACACACACAGUACACACGCAGUACACACACACAGUACACACACACAGUACACAUACACAGUACACAUACACAGUACACACACAGUACACACAGUACAGUGGGCACGGGGAAGACCUCUGUACUAGUGACUCAUGUACGCAGUACACACGCAGUACACACACACAGUACACACACACAGUACACACACGCAGUACACACACGCAGUACACACACACAGUACACACACGCAGUACACACACGCAGUACACACACAGUACACACACACAGUACACACAGAACAGUGGGCACGGGGAAGAACUUUGUACUAGUGACUCAUGUACGCAGUACACACACACAGUACACACACACGCACAGUACGCACAGUACAGUGGGCACGGGGAAGACCUCUGUACUAGUGACUCAUGUACGCAGUACACACGCAGUACACACGCAGUACACACAGUACACCCAGUACACACACAGUACACACACACAGUACACACACAGUACACACACAGUAAACACACACACAGUACACACACACAGUACACAUACACACAGUACGCACACAGUACACACACACAGUACACACACUCACAGUACACACGGUACAGUGGGCACGAGGAAUACCUCUGUACUAGUGACUCAUGUACGCAGUACACACACACAGAGUACACACACAGUACACACACAGUACACACACACACAGUACACACACACACAGUACACACACACACAGUACACACAGUACAGUGGGCACGGGGAAGACCUCUGUACUAGUGACUCAUUCGUAGUGAUAGAGAACAGUGAGCUGCUGGCGGGAUGCCUGGACAAGGCCACGCUGGGCUCAGGCUCCAAGGCCAGCGUCUUCUACCUCUCUGUCUGUCUCUGUGUCUCUGUCUCUGCCUCUCUGUCUGU